UUGACGUGUAUCAGCGGCUCCGAUCACGUGAUCGUGUCGUCAGGUGACAGCGCCGCGGCUUCGCUCAGGGAAUCGGCAGUGGGGCAAGAUGGCGGCUCACUUGUCCUACGGGCGAGUGAACCUGAACGUGCUGCGUGAGGCAGUGCGUCGUGAGCUGCGCGAAUUCUUGGACAAGUGCGCCGGAAGCAAGGCAAUAGUUUGGGAUGAGUACCUAACAGGACCAUUUGGCCUGAUUGCACAGUAUUCACUACUGAAGGAACAUGAAGUGGAAAAAAUGUUCACACUUAAAGGAAGUCGUUUGCCACCGGCUGAUGUCAAGAAUAUUAUUUUUUUUGUCAGACCCAGGCUAGAAUUGAUGGAUAUAAUUGCUGAAAACGUGCUCAGUGAAGACAGACGUGGCCCAACAAGAGAUUUCCACAUUUUGUUUGUGCCACGCCGUAGCUUGCUGUGUGAACAGCGGCUGAAGGACUUGGGGGUCUUGGGAUCCUUCAUCCACAGGGAAGAGUACAGUUUAGAUCUUAUUCCAUUUGAUGGGGAUCUCCUAUCCAUGGAGUCCGAGGGUGCAUUCAAAGACUGCUACCUGGAGGGCGACCAGACGAGCCUGUACCAUGCAGCCAAGGGGAUGAUGACCCUGCAAGCUCUGUACGGAACGAUCCCCCAGAUCUUCGGGAAAGGGGAGUGUGCCCGGCAAGUGGCCAACAUGAUGAUCAGGAUGAAGAGAGAGUUUACAGGAAGCCAGAAUUCAAUAUUUCCUGUUUUUGAUAACCUCUUGUUGAUUGAUCGAAAUGUGGAUUUAUUAACACCUCUAGCUACUCAGCUCACAUAUGAAGGACUCAUUGAUGAAAUUUAUGGCAUUCAGAACAGUUAUGUGAAGUUACCCCCGGAGAAAUUCGCGCCUAAGAAGCAGGGUGAUGGUGGGAAGGAGCUGCCCACGGAGGCGAAGAAGCUGCAGCUCAAUUCUGCAGAGGAGCUCUACGCUGAGAUCCGAGACAAGAACUUCAAUGCAGUGGGCUCCGUGCUCAGCAAGAAGGCGAAGAUCAUCUCUGCGGCCUUUGAGGAGCGACACAAUGCCAAGACGGUGGGGGAGAUCAAGCAGUUUGUGUCCCAGCUGCCCCACAUGCAGGCAGCCAGGGGCUCGCUCGCAAACCACACCUCAAUUGCAGAGCUGAUCAAAGAUGUGACCACUUCUGAAGACUUCUUUGAUAAAUUAACAGUGGAACAGGAGUUUAUGUCUGGAAUAGACACUGAUAAGGUCAACAAUUACAUCGAGGAUUGUAUUGCCCAAAAGCACCCACUGAUCAAAGUGUUAAGGCUGGUUUGCCUCCAAUCCGUGUGCAACAGUGGACUCAAACAAAAAGUUUUGGAUUAUUACAAAAGAGAAAUUCUCCAGACCUAUGGCUAUGAGCACAUCCUGACCUUGCACAACCUCGAGAAGGCUGGGCUGCUGAAGCCGCAGACCGGGGCCAGGAACAGUUACCCCACAAUUCGGAAAACGCUCCGCCUCUGGAUGGAUGACGUUAAUGAGCAGAACCCCACGGACAUAUCCUACGUUUACAGUGGUUAUGCACCGCUCAGCGUGCGACUGGCCCAGCUACUGUCCCGGCCCGGCUGGCGGAGCAUUGAGGAAGUCCUCCGCAUACUCCCGGGGCCCCACUUUGAGGAACGCCAGCCACUGCCCACGGGGCUGCAGAAAAAACGGCAACCAGGAGAAAAUCGAGUCACUCUGAUAUUUUUCCUCGGGGGUGUAACCUUUGCUGAAAUUGCUGCCCUGCGGUUUCUGUCCCAGUUGGAAGAUGGGGGUACAGAGUAUGUCAUCGCCACCACUAAGCUAAUGAACGGAACCAGCUGGAUAGAGGCUCUGAUGGAAAAACCUUUCUAGGGUGUUCAAAGAUUUGAUAAGUGCACUGCAGAAUAAACUGCCUCUUUGAAGAAGUUGCUGGAAGGAAGGGAAACCCAAUAGAAGAAACAGAAAUAUGGAAGUCGAAGUCAUUACUUUGGGGUCUGUUUCUUACACUGCUGUUUUCUCCUUCCUGCUUCUCUUUUGUGUUCUUAAUCACUUGAAGAAAGAAGAGGAGGAUCUGCCUGGGUAAAAGAGACAAUGGUUUUGAAUUUUCUAAGCUCAGGAUCUUCAUUCUAGGUCUCUGGGAAUACAGCAAAGAUCUUGGGGAUGGAAAAUCCUUACAGCCCCACAAAUGGAGGCAGUUCUUAAAAUAGGAAAGCAGAGACUGAGGAGGUAAAAACAAACAAAGUGGAAAGUCCAACCCCCAGUCCCCAGCACUAUAUUUCUGGAAGAUGGAUCAUGCUUAGGAUGUGGUCUAGUGGUUAUGUGUUCAGGUAAUGUCCCUGAGUGGUUUCUUUUUCCUGAAGAGGAAGGCACAUUAUAUUUGUGUCUCUCUUAUCUGAUCCCUAAGGCAAGUUUUGUUUCCUUCUUAAGAAGCAAGAGGUUUGAGGUAGGUUCUUACCCAGAAACAAAGUUUAUGUCCUCUCUGAUCAGCUGCAUCUGUGUAGGUGCCACACCUAUCAAGAGCUUUCUGCAUUGAUGAUCAAAAUAAUUGGGGAGCAGCUUCCAGAGCACUCAGCCAUUCAAAGACACUUUCUUAGUGCCCAUGUUACUAUCUCCAAGAAUUUCAGUGGUAACUGCCUCCAAAGAGAUGUUAUUUAUUAUUCCUCGGACCCACCUUCCAGCUGGUUCCACCGUGAGCAGUGGAACUCUUACUUCUUCAGCAUCCUGCCACUCUGUCUCUGUGGUAACUGCCACAUGUGCUCCUCGAGUAGUCUGUGCCCACGUGGACUGAGCCUCUUGCAUCCAUUUUGCUCUGCUUCGGUCCCUGGCCCGGUGACCUCAGUCACUUCUGAUUGAGCUUAUUGACAGAGUCACAGCUGCCCCUCCUGCUGGGGCUGUUGGCUGUGAUGGAGAGCAAGAUGUCGAGGUCCAUGCACAUUCCUCACCUCGAUCCUCAUCCCAGCAUCUGGAGGAGUUCAGAGUGCCAGCAAGGGACCAAGUUGAUGGCUUUUCUGCCGUUGCCCAGGUACCCAGCAAAAUUAGCUGCUUCCCAGCCUGGCCGGGUCCCAUCCCAGUUGUGGUUUCUGUUAUUAAUCACCAGCCACACAUUUUUCUCUCACCUUCUCAUUAGUGGAAUUCUGAUGGCUAUGUUGCAUGUUAUGAGAGGGAGAAGUUCUGUAUUUUAAAAAAGAAAACCCUGGGCCUGGGCCGGGAAUUUAGUUCAGUGGCACCUCACCUGCCUCGUAACCGCAAGGUCCUGAGUUUGAUCCCUGGUACCAACCCCCCCCCCGCCCCCAUUUAGUAUAAGAAUGAAGGGUAGUGGAGAUGUUUAAAAGAUUAGUUUCUCACGGAAUUAAUUUGGGCUUGACAUUCAGUGUUUGGAAAUGGAAAACCAUUCCCGAAUAGAAAGCCAUUCUUAUUUAGAGAAUCCUUUUUCAAAUACUUGUUAUCCCAGGGAGAUUAAUUUAUACCUUUGAGCCCUGGCAGUUGUUAGCCUCAGCUGCUUAAGAGAAUGAACCCACCUUACCUCUCAAUGUUUUUGGCUCAAGGGACUCAAUUCAAGUCUGGUCAGGACUGCUUGGCGGGGGUUUUAUCCUGUGAACAGAUUCUCAGUUGUAGGCUCCUGUGUCUGCAUUCUCUUAUGACUCUGUACUUGCUCAGGCACAGUUAGGUCAGCUCCUAAAAAUGCAUUCAGCAGAAGACUUAAACAUCAGUUGCUUCAUUUGUAUAGAAAUAGAAAGUGGUUGAUAAUUAUAUGUUAUAUGCCUUUGUGAAAGUUCAUUUGAUACUUGAAGCUGUCUUUGUCUCAAAGGAGUGUGCCUUAGUAAGAAAGAGUAUGUGAAUGGUACAUUUAUUCCUGAAGAGGGUGGAUUGUUUACAUCAUGUCUGGACUUUUGUCUAGUAGGGUAGACAGACAGUUUUGCUACACAAGCCAGUCCCCUUAGAAAAGAAGUCUACAUAGACACUGUUUUGUGUCUUACACAGUUUUGAAUCUCAGCCAACAGAGAAACAAAUAUUUUAACUGUGCUUUAAUUGUGGAGCAAGAGGUAAUGGUUAAGGGAGAAAAGAUUAAAAUACAGGACAUUUAAUUCUUGAAGAGAACUGGGAGGGUCUUGGUGUGGAUUAUGCUCUCUGAGCCCUGAUUGUGGUUAAUUGGGAUGUGCUGCUCUGUCCCCUGUGCUCAGCUGUACAUUAAAGACCAGCCGGGGCUGGGGCUGUAGCUUGUUGGUAGAGUGUGUGCUUGGCAUGCAUGAGGUUUUGGGUUCAAUGCUCAGGCUUCUCCCAAGACUGGUCUAUCACAGGAAAAAAUUCUGUAUUUAGUAAAGUUGAAUUCAAGUAGAAGUACUUUUUAAAAAUAUUAAAACGAGGGCUGGUGAUUUAGCUCAGUGGUUUCACCGCCUGCCUUGCAAGUGCAAGGUCCUGAGUUUGAUCCUCAGUACAAAAAAACCCCCAGUGGCUCUCAAACAUAUUAAAAUGAAUCAGAUGUCUGAAACAGGAAGAAGGGGCUGUGACAAAGCUAUCAAGGUGUGGGAAUGUAGACAUCACAUAGCCUUCCUAGAUUCUGAAUUGUACUCCAGCAUGUGGUGUGUUCAGUUGAUUGGUUUAGUGGUGACAUAUUGUAGAAAAUAGAGGAUACCUUUUUGUCAGACAGUUGAAAAAGCAGUGAUAUAAAACUCAGAUUCUUGUUUCUAAACAGAUUCAUGUGAAUCUUAUGCCAUGUGGUGUUUCUUAGCCUCAGUCACCCCAGUGCUGUGAGAUACUUCCAACCGGGGGUAAGGAGAGACUGCAAAGUCUAGACCACAUCCACUUGAGACACGCUUUGGAAGGAUUGAGAGCUAAAAGGGAGCAAAAUCGGGCUGACUUUGGACAGCCUGGCUUUUGCAUCUGUUACUUUGGUGAGGAGCAAGGGUACAAAUCUCAGCCAUCCUUUCCUUCCUGUAACUAGGCAGGACAUGGACGCCCUUCAGAUGACCAGUUCUCUAGGGGAGCAAUUACUACUUACUGGCUUCCUGAGCAGCUUGAUAAUGUUCUGCUCCUGUUUGCAGCCAGGCUGCAGCCGAGGCAGUGAUUUGAUAAUAUGAGAUCCUGAUUAAAUUAAGGAGCCAUUUGCUCCUGGAUGAUAAUGUUUAUAAAAGGGUUGAUCUCCACACUGCCUGUCUUUUUUUUCCCAAAGGUCAAAAAAAUAGUCUUUAAUAUCUAGUUCAAGUAAAAUAUUCAAAAGCA